AUGCCGGGCAACCCUGGCUGCUUCGACGGCGCGUACACGUUCGACUUGUGCUGCGACACCGCCGCCCACGGGCCCCAGGGCAACACCGAGUGCUGGCUCGGGGACUUCACGUUCGGGCGCUGCUGCGGACUCCUGGACCCCCCCGCGCAGGACCCCGCAGCGGAGGGCCCGGCGUGGACCAGCGCGGAGUGCUGGGCCGGCCCCGAGGCCCUCUUGAGGGCCUCGGGCAUCCCGGGGGCCCAGGCAGCUUUGACGAGCCUCGACGCUCUGGAGGGGUUUUGCUGCGGCCUGCAGCACAACCCGCUGUGCUGGAGCGACCGGGCAGAGCUCCUGGUGCGCGACGGAGCCACCGACGAGCCCCUGGGCUUCACGGAGCAGUACGCCCGCUGCUGCUUCGCGCGGGCGCAGCGCGGCGCGAUAGAGCACUGCGACUUCACCGAGUCCGCCUUCGGCACGCUGCUGCAGACGGUGAACAAGGUUCUGCACGUCCUGCGCGAGCUCGCGCCGCUGCCGCCCGCGGACUUCUUCGUGCACGCGGACGAGGCCCUGUGCAUGGACUGGGCAGGGUCUGGCGCCGGCUUCGAGCUGCCCGUGCCCGUGCUGGCCCAGGCCAAGCCGCGGUCCGGGUGCCCCGCGGGGCUGCUGAUGCUCAGGGCAGUCACAGCCGCGGGGAUGGUGAGGAUGAAAAGCUGCACUUCAGCAAACCACCGCGCCCCUGGCUGCCCCGAGAUGCCCUGGUGGGCGACCCUGUCGCUCGACUGGUCCCGGCGCACCGCGGGGCAGGUCAUGUCGCAGGGCCUCGAGGUGCCCUGGGGGCGCAGAGCCGCCACCCUCUUCUGGCGCGGCUCGGACACGGGCUGCCUGCUCCCCGGCGGCUGCGCCGCGCCCUCCGCGCCGGGCCCGACGGUGUGCUCGUGCAGCGACUGGUCUGCCACGUACCGCGCGGUGGACGCCAAGUUCACCAAGGACAGCGUGCACGCGGAGUGCAGGCCGGCCUACCUGCAGAGCGACCUCCACGUCGAUCAGUUGGUACCCCCCAGCGGCCACCUCGAGUACAAGUAUCUGAUGUACGUGGACGUUUUUUCGUCUUCUAUCGUCGUUCUCGGAUCGCAUGUAUUGGCUGUUGCUGACGGGGGCUGUGGUGAUGCGCCAGACCUCGCAGCUUCAGGUGUGGCUGGAUCCCGGCCUGCGCCCCCACGCGCACUUCUUGCCCGUGCAGGAGGAGACUUGGGCGACCUGGUCGACGUGCUGGAGUGGGCACGAGGGCACGACCUGGAGUGCGAGGGCAUCGCGGCGGAGGCCAGGCGCUUUGCUCGGUCCGAACUGUCGCUCGACGCCAGCCUGUUCUAUAUCCACAGGCUGCUGGGCGCCUACGCGGGGCUCUUCGGCCCCAGGGGCGCCGAGGGCCGGCCGCCAGCGGCGAGGCCGCCGCCACAGCCGCGAGGCGGCCCGGGCGGCCGCGGGGACCCCGCGUGCUGGGGCUCGGGCUUCACCCCCGCGCUGUGCUGCGACCUGGGCCGCGGGCCGCGCGGGGACGAGGCGUGCUGGGGCGCCGGCUUCACCUUCGAGCGGUGCUGCGUCGGCCCCGCGCCUUCAGGGGCAACGAUGGGGUAG